AUGCCGCAUUUGCCCCAUGAAUUCAAAUUCUACUCCGGGCCCUUUGCGGGGGGUACCGCCGCGCCCCGGUUAGAAACAAGCGACCCCUCCCUAAACUUCGCCCGCCAGGCGCCCAUAAGCCAGCAUAUAGUACGCAGAGCCGAAAUGGAGUGCCGGCCAAUACGCGGGGACGCUGACGCUGGGUCAGAGACAAUUCUCCGACUACUGCUAGUGACGUGUUGCAUCCACGACAACCGCUCAUUCUGCCCAUUGUGCCCCAGUGUUAAUUCUCUCCGGGCCCUUUGCGGGGGCGACCGCCGCGCCCCCGUUAGCAACAAGCGCACCCCUCCCUCUCGCGCCCGCCGCGCGCCCAUAAGCCCGUCUCCAAGGGCAUGCAAA